UAGAUGUAAACAAACAAGCGUUGUUCAUUUUGGUUCGUAAAUUCAGCAGGAAAAACUAAAAUAUGACUCGCCACGCUAGAAAUUGUACUGCCGGGGCAGUUUAUACAUAUCACGAGAAGAAAAAGGAUGCAGCAAACUCCGGUUUCGGUACGACAUCCCGCCGUAUUGGUAAAGAUUCGGUGAAAAGUUUCGACUGUUGUUCCUUAACCUUGCAGCCGUGUCGAAAUCCAGUAAUAACAAAAGAUGGUUAUCUCUUUGAUAAGGAAGCUAUACUUACGUACAUCAUCUCGAAGAAAAACGAGUACAGCCGUAAGAUGAAAGAGUAUGAAAAGCAGGUCAAACAAGACGAGGAGGAAGAGACCGCAAAGGCCAACGCAGAACAGCAAAAGAAGCUGGACAAAUUCAUCUCGACGGAGAAGAAUAUCGUGAGCAAUAAGGCUGCUAUACCAAACGUCGAAAAGCCCAGUACCAGUGGAGCUAUCUCGAACGUGUCACUUGGUAAGCGAAAGGAACUGCCCAGCUUCUGGGUACCGUCCCAAACGCCAGCGGCAAAGAUAUCCCGCAUUGAGAAGCCGGACAGUAAGAUCUACUGUCCCGUUUCGAACAAACCACUAAAAGCGAAGGAUUUGAUUGAGGUAAAGUUUACGCUCGUCAAGGAUCCGGCCGAUAAGAAAUCGCUAAUUGCGAAGGAAAAUCGCUACAUGUGUGCGGUGACACACGAUAUUCUUAACAAUUCGGUUCCGUGUGCCGUGUUGAAACCGACUGGAGACGUCGUUACAAUAGAAUGUGUUGAAAAGAUCAUCAAAAAGGACAUGAUACAUCCCUUAACGAAUGAAAUACUCUCGGAAUCGGACAUUAUUCCUUUACAACGGGGUGGAACUGGUUUUGCAACGACGAAUGAAAAACUAGAAGCCAAAGAGCAAAAACCAUGCCUGCAAGUUUAGAUUAGUGCAAUUUUAUGUAAGAAAACUUAAUCUUUUUUUAAUUAUUUGGAUCUAAAGCUAUAUGUAAGCCCAUCACCUUGAAAGGUUUUAAUUUUUGCUAUUGGUUGGGUCUCUGUAGCAUUUUAAUUACUAUUUGCUGAUAAGGAAAUUCAACUUAAUUCAAUAGAAAUACCAAUCCAGAUUGACCACAAAGGAACAUAAUAAAUAUGAAUAAAGUUCGGCAGUAGAUGUGAGCUAAGUAAUGGCCAUAAUAUUCCUCAAUACGGGCAAAUUGCAGCAAGCAGAGAAAUUGUGAAAUCACCAAGUACAUGCAAAGAUAUCAAGGUCAGUACAUAGUUGCAUCUAGGGCCGGUCAAAUACCUUGACCUCAGUGGACAAGACUGCACUUUCGGAGAAAAGGCCAUAAGAAGGCAUAAGAAGCAAUGCGUCAUACUGUUAUAAGUACCCGUAAAUACCCUCAUUGUAUCACAGCGUGCAGCUGGACGCCGAUAAUUGUCAUCCCAUCCCUUACCAUUCCCUUCCUCGCACAGACGGACGGAAUGUUUGUCAUUUUUAUCUAUCCAUAACCGUUGCUGUAACGGCACACGCGCGAGAGCUAUUGAAGCGAUGGCCUUGCGAGAACGAUCAAAACUGUCCGCGGUGGGCUAGCUGCAUCGAGCUACAUAUGACGUCGCCAGCUUUGUCAGCUCGGUUGUGAAAAUAAACCACUAUCAAAGCAGGAAACGAA